CUUUUUCAUUCACAGAAUCUGAGUCGCCACGUUUCCCAUUUCUUCCUUACUAGCUAAUUACUAUUACAUAUAUAUAUCAUCAUCAUCAUGAGUUACAGUUCGGAAGAAAGCGGGAGUCCAUGCAGCACAACAAACAGAAAACUCAAGGGGGUGCGCCAACGGAAAUGGGGCAAGUGGGUGUCCGAAAUCCGUGUUCCGGGGACUCAAGACCGGCUUUGGUUAGGCUCCUUCUCCACGGCAGAGGCGGCAGCGGUGGCUCGAGACGUUGCGUAUUAUUGCUUGCGUCGACCUUCCACGUUGGAAGGCCUUAACUUCCCGUUGGAGUUACCGCCUUGUGCGAGGGAUGAUAUGUCGCCCAGGUCGGUGCAGAAGGCAGCCUCGGAUGCUGGCAUGGCAGUUGAUGCUCAGCUGAUAGCCAACAAGUCGCCGCCACAGCAGCCAGCUGGAACUGGAAGCUAUGCAGUUGAGACGACUGAGUUUUGGGAAGAUGGUUAUGUUGGACAGAGUUCUACUUCUACUUCUAGGGGCAGCUGGGGAGGAGGACAUGGAUUUGGCAACGGCGGUGAUCAUCAAGGGGGUUUGAGCAUUUCCAUUGACGAUUAUGAUCUCCAAAUCUAAUUAGUGUCAAUCUCUGUCAAAUUUAUAUGGUUUUUAUUAUAGCACUAAUUUACAUUAAGAAAAUUAAGGGAGAUAAUUUGAAUUUGACUCAAUGCAAUUGAGGAGGAAGGAUCUAAUUAGCAGGCCCAUUCACCUUUUGUAGUCAACUUAUAUGGUUUUGGCCUAGGUAUGUUUUAGCAAUGUCAGCAUAUAUUUAUAACUAAAAUUAUGCACGUGUCUGUAUAUAGGGGGUAGAUUUGAUAGAAUAUAUAUGUGGCACUCAAUGACACUCAAUGACACUCAAUGUAAGACUGUAACGGCUCGUUUGUUUACAUGUUAUUAAGUGCGACUAUCUUAAGUGGGACUA